AUGAAGCCCUUAAUCGGUAUUCUUGCGGUGUCUGCCCUCGUGUAUCGUGCCUGGGCCCGCAGGUCGCUCACCCUGCUUGGGCUGGUUGUUGCGGGCGUGUCAGCCACCAUGCACGCGUUGCACCCGUGGUCGACCCCAUUCCUCUUACUUGCGGUCUUUUACUAUGGCGGCACAAAGGCUACAAAGGUUAAACACGACGUUAAGGCACGCCUGACCCUCUCAGCGACCGGCGCAGAUGGAGGAGAAGGGCCUCGAAACCAUAUCCAAGUCCUCGCGAACUCAUUAGUUGCUACGGUCCUCAGCAUCGCACACGCAGCGGUGCUAGCUAAAAACCCCGCGGACUCGUGUUUCUCGUUCGGCCAGAGUGCGGCGGAUAUCCUGAUGGUCGGAAUUGUUGCGUAUGGCGCCCACUUUCCUUUCAACUAUGCCGCUGUCGCCUCCGAUACAUUUUCUUCUGAGCUGGGCAUUCUUUCCAAGUCGAAGCCGCGUCUUAUCACCUCGCUCACACUCCGCGAAGUACCCCCUGGUACAAAUGGCGGCGUGACUGCUACAGGACUUGCAGCUGGACUGCUUGGAUCGUUCACGAUUGCCCUGACAUCUGCUAUCUUCCUGCCAUUCUGUUCCGACUCCAGUGGAAUUCGGGAUCGUGUAAUUUGGACAGUGGCGUUGAGCUCUUGGGGCCUGUUGGGAAGUGUGCUCGACAGCCUACUGGGUGGUCUGCUCCAGGCUAGUGUGGUUGACAAGCGAAGUGGCAAGGUCGUGGAAGGAAGUGGCGGGCGUAAGGUAAAUCUUGAUAUCGUCUCCCGAGUCGCGUGCUCACCCACGUGCAAGCUUCUGACAGUAACGCAGGUCCUAAUUCACCCGGGCUCUACCAAACCCGCCGUGGCCUCUGGCUUGACGUCGUCGGCGGUGACGAGCAGCACGCAUCUGCGAGAGACCGAGUCGGUGGCUAACGCGGCUACGCUUCGGGGAAGCCGAGCGACGGGCACGUCCGUAGGCAGUCAGCCUGGCCGGGCACACGAUGAAAGUCAUGAGAGUCGAAGAGUGGAGACCGGACAUGACUGGCUAGACAAUAACGGCGUGAACAUGCUGAUGGCCGUGUCAAUGAGUGUGGGGGCGAUGGCAAUUGCCCAGUGGGUUUGGGGGAUCGAGCUCCGAGAGCUGUGGGCAUGA